GCGAGUUCAUCUCCAAGUCACUUUUUGUAAACGCCCCGCACAGCCCGGACCGGCCUGCCCCCUCCCAGCGAGCUGAGGGGGCCCGGCGGACGACCGGGCUCACGAUCUCGCAAAGCCCUUGCAAUCCGCGGGUGCUCACUCUGCGGACUGGGCCGGGAGAUGCCGAGGGCCCCGGCGGGGUCCGUCCUCACUCGGCCAGUGCCCAGGGAGCUCGGGCCCUAGCGAGGAGAGGCGCGCCAAGCCUCCUCGCGGCUUUCAGGUGAAAGAAAACGACUCCCCUGCUCUGCCCUUCGCUGCUGUCUUGGGGCUCAACUUCUGGCUUGGGGCUGGGGGAGGGGCGGGACGGCGAGGGGGCCGGACCGCGGGAGGGGUGGAGGGAGACACUUCUCUUCUUACCGCCGGGAAUCCUCCAGCAGCCGCGGAAGCGCCCGCGUCUCUCGGGAUCCAGGCGGCCGGGUCCUGCCAGGUGAGCUGCCCAGCGGCCCCGAUGCAGGCAGCGCUUCCCGGGCACGACUCGCCUGGCCCCGCGUCGCCGCCGGCUGCUCGAACCAGGUGCCGAGGUGCCCUUUCCUGGCGGGGCCCUGAAACACCCACGGGCUUCCCGCCCUGCGCGAGGACAGAGGAACUGAGCCUGCUGCAGCCCUCUCCGUGUGGGUACUGCCUCUGCGGCGCGCGCGGCGGGAAAAGGGAAGCCUGGAUGCGUUCCUUAGCACAUCCCUACACAACUGCACACCUCAACUGUCAGCACUACUCUCAGCUCCUCCUACACCACCGUGGACUCCAGGUCCAUUCCUCCAUCCACUUCUCUCCAGUCAAGCCUGUAUCCCCUGCACUACCCUCACACACUCACCUGUUAGGCAUACUAGGUCAGAUACUGCACAUUUUGGUGGAAAAUGGGUUACUCUGAUGCCUGGACUCUAAGCCUCUUUACACACUCGGGCACUCAGCUGUCUCAAGACACAGUGACCUCUUCUCUGCGAUCUGACUCCCAGAAGCCUGUUGAUUCUUUGAUGUCUUUGGCCCAGGGUUAGGGUGACUGGGCUGCCACCUGGAUGUUCCUUAGCCAGGUUGCUGCUCAGUUCUUUGCAAAACUCAGGUGCAUAUCCCGAGACACCUGAACACACACAGGCCGUUCACACAGGCUUCCUCUCUGUUUCAUAGCUGAACUCUCUGCCACUCUGACAGGCUGCAGCCUGAGUGGGUGCUUGGUUCUUCUGCACACGCUCACAGAGCCCCAGGCCCCAGGCCAGCCGGCAUUAUCUUCUGCCUUGUUGGGAUUAGCAGAGACACUUACCCAAGUGUGUGCUUGGGAGAGUGAGAGAGAAUAGGGAAGUGGAGAAGGAGAGAGAGAGAGAAAGAGGGGAGAAGCUACUUUCCAUUCUGGGGAAAAACUCAGAUGAGAGCUGUUUCCAUUUGGUAUCUUAGUGAAUCCUACCGCUCACACCCUGUGGGUGGGCUGGGCUGGGAGUAGUAGGCUAGAGUUCUGGGCUCCUUACCUCACUGAUGUUGUGCCUCAAGUUCACUAUCACCUCUUUGCCCCAAGGAGUGUGUGCCCUACCCUUUACCAGGCAGACUGCAGGGCAGUUGUAGGCAUUUCUCCUGGUUGAGCCUAGCUCAGGGAGAAAAGGCAGGGGGGCUGGUUUCUGGGUAAUGUGGGACCUUCCCUCUCCAAAGACUUUUGGGAUGCUCUCAGAAAGACAAUCCUAGGGUGACAGGAACUGCUGACCAGCUUUGGUAUCUUGCGGCCAUGACUUCCAUGACCCAAAGCCAUUUUCUGUGCUGCCCCCCCCCAAUGCUUGAAAGUGUGAUGUGUUGUUGUUUAAAGUUGCCUUGUUGCCUUUCUCCACACCCAGACUGUAAGUCUUGAUGGGUAGAGACUCUGUCCUCCACUUGUCACUCAGUGCUUCCCACCAGGAUUGACUUAAUGCAUUCUAAUGGCAUUGGAAAAUGCCUCCACUCCACAGAGAAUUGAGAGAUGCCCAUUUCCUUGUCAUAAAGCUGGAAUUUCCAAGAAAGGGACUGCAGGUAGGGAAGAGUAGCCAGACCAUGGAGAGCCAGCUCAGGAUCUGAGAGUCCCCUGGCAUUUGGGAUGAUCUUCUCAUUAAGGCUGAACAGCCAUGAUGCUGAACCUUAGGCAAGGACGCAGGUCACCUUCCUCAUGCUGAGGACCUG